UUUCAUGCCCCUUUUACUCUUGACGCUCUGUCUGUCAUUUAGCCGUUUCCUUUCCGACCAGAUGUCCGCCACAGCUUGGCUUUAAUCGCAGCAGCAACCUGCACUUUCCCCUCCAAAACUGGAAACUGUAAACAUACGAUGAGAGAAGAAGAAGAAGAAGCUAACACAACAUCCAUUUUUCGUUUCAUUGAUUAAUUUGUUCCUUUCGGAUCCUCUCACGUUGUUCGAAAUCAAAUGGGGAAGGAGUACGGCGGAUCCCCCAAGCUUCACCAGCUCGAAUGGAAGAGGAAGCGCCUCACUUGGAUCCUCUUCGUUUCGGCCCUCUGUGUCCUCUUCUACAUGCUGGGAGCCUGGCAGAACACCGCCCCGGCACCCUCUAGCCGGUCCCAAGUCUACAACCGAGUCGGCUGCGACGACGACGCCAGCUCCCCGCCGGCGGCAUCAGGCGGCGGCUCCACUGAUGGGUCCCCCGACGUCGACUUCGAGAGCCACCACCAGCUGGAGCUCAGCACCACCGCCUCUAACUCCGACAAGCCCCAGGAGUUCCCUGCAUGCGACUUCAGCUUGAGCGAGUACACCCCUUGCCAGGACCCGCAGAGGGGCAGAAAGUUCGACAGGGAUAUGUUGAAGUACAGAGAGCGUCACUGCCCGAGCAAGGAGGAGCAGGAGCAGUUCCGGUGCCUGAUUCCGGCGCCGCCGAAGUACAAGACGCCGUUCAAAUGGCCGCAGAGCAGAGACUACGCCUGGUACGACAACAUUCCCCACAAAGAGCUCAGCAUCGAGAAGGCCAUCCAGAACUGGAUCCAGGUCGAGGGCGACCGCUUCCGCUUCCCCGGCGGCGGCACCAUGUUCCCCCGCGGCGCCGACGCUUACAUCGAUGAUAUCGCCAAGCUCAUCCCCCUCGCCGGCGGCGCCAUCCGGACCGCCAUCGAUACCGGCUGCGGGGUUGCUAGUUGGGGGGCUUACUUGUUGAAGAGGGACAUCAUAGCCAUGUCUUUUGCGCCGAGAGAUACGCACGAAGCGCAGGUCUGGUUCGCGCUGGAGCGUGGGGUUCCAGCGAUGAUCGGAAUCAUGGCCUCCAAGAGGCUUCCAUAUCCUGCCAGGUCCUUUGACAUGGCUCACUGUUCCCGUUGCUUGAUCCCUUGGUUUAACUAUGAGGGGUUGUAUUUAACUGAAGUGGACAGAGUUUUGAGGCCGGGUGGGUAUUGGAUACUGUCGGGCCCUCCUAUCCGGUGGAAGAAGUACUGGAGAGGGUGGGAGCGAACGCAGGAAGAUUUGAAGCAAGAGCAAGACUCGAUUGAGGAUGUCGCCAGGCGGCUGUGCUGGAAGAAAGUAACUGAACAGGGCGAUCUCUCGAUCUGGCAAAAGCCCCUAAACCACGUUGAGUGUGCUCAGAACCCGGAUAACGGCCCUCCUCGCUUAUGCCAAUCAAGUAGCCCUGAUGAAGCUUGGUACACAGACAUGGAGAACUGCAUCACCCCAUUGCCGGAGGUGAGCAGCUCAGAAGAAGUAGCUGGGGGCACGUUAGAGAGAUGGCCAGAUCGCGCAUUUGGCCUCCCUCCCCGCAUCAGUGGAGGGUCCGUACCCGGCGUAACCGCAGAGAAAUUCCGGGAGGAUAACCAAGUAUGGAAGGAGCGAGUAUCGCACUACAAACGCAUCAUUGGUGCCUUACCUCAGGGGAGGUACCGCAAUGUAAUGGACAUGAACGCUUACCUCGGAGGAUUUGCAGCCGCCUUGAUGAAGUACCCGGUGUGGGUAAUGAAUGUGGUCCCUGCCCAUUUAUCUGAUCGCAAUACCCUUGGAGUUGUCUAUGAAAGGGGCUUCAUCGGCACCUACCACGAUUGGUGCGAGGCGUUUUCGACCUACCCACGAACAUACGACCUUAUCCAUGCCGGUGGUGUCUUCAGCAUGUACCGGGACAGGUGUGACAUUACCUAUAUCCUGCUAGAAAUGGAUAGGAUCCUGAGACCGGAGGGGACUGUUAUAUUUAGAGAUGAGGUAGAGGUGCUUGUGAAGGUGAAGAGCAUAACAGAUGGAAUGAGAUGGAAGAGCCAGAUCAUGGACCAUGAAAGUGGACCCUUUAACCCGGAGAAAAUUCUUGUUGCAGUGAAGGAGUAUUGGACUGCUGAAGCAAGGCCUGAAGGACAGAACUAGAAUAUGUAUUACGUAGAGGAGAGCAUGUAAUGUAGCAAGAAGCUGCAGUUUUGUUCGUCCAAGUUCUUCUUUAGGGAUUGUCCUGUUUCUUCCUAAUCUGCCCAAAGAUUUAUCUUUUCCCAAUUCUCUUUUGCCAAGAGAAGUAGCUUUGGUAAUUAAGCCGUGUUUCAUACUCUCUCCCACUUCCUUGCCCUCUUCUGACUUCUUUUGGCAAUCAACCCAAAUAAUGUGGUGUUUGGUCAUCAA